AUGGCCAACGACCCCUUCAGGCUGAUGAAGAAUCUCUUUGUGGAGGUCCAGCAUGCCCUGAAGUAUGCUGACAUCUCUGUCCUCUUCAGCCUGGAGGAGAGCAUCCAAUUUCAGGGGGAAGAUGCAAUGAAGGCCAUCGUGAAGGCUGCGGCUAAAAGGUUGUCCUUGCGUCGGAUUCCAACCGUACGUGCCGCACGCUAUGGUGGCGAGGUAGCCGUCUGUUGCAUGGCAGACACCAUCGCGCACGUCAUAGGCGACUACGCCCAGGACUGGAGUUCUGACGGCCAUUUUGGAGCGAGGAGGAGCCUUGGUAGUGGGAGGUCACGCUCCUCUUCAAGCUCCUCAAAGAGUGACAUCACCCUCACAGAGGAACUCUUGGCCCAGGGGGAAACCCUGGAAGAGGACCAAGAGGAGGUGGCUGCGAUCGACGACAACAAGAAAUGUGACUCUGCUAGCUUGGAGAAGGCCAGCAGCAGCUCCCUCUCCGCAGACCUUGUGGACAGCACCUCCACACAGACAGUGAAGGACGAGGCUGUGAAGGAAGGAGUGAGGAAGUCAGGAGAGGGGAAGCGAGGUCGCAAGAAGACCCUGAAGAAGAACAAGGCGUCUCCCCUUGGCACUGAUGAUACCGUGGCUGAUGAGCCGGGGAAAAACGAUCUCUCCUCCUGA